UCGUUGGGGCCCGGAGCGGGCGGGGCUUCGCUCCGCUGCCACGCGCGGGUUGGCCAGUUGGAGUCCCGGGCGCUCUGGCGCGAGGCUGGCGGGAACUCCACUUCUCUUCUCGCGAGACUUCCCGGGCUGGGGGCGGGACUCAGGGGAGCGUCGGCGCCGCGGGACCAUGGAGCGGAGGGCCGGGGCCGGGCAGCGCCUGGAUCCCCCGGCUGCCUUCGGCGCCCCCGCGCCUGCUGGUCCCCGGGGGCUGAUGCCCCCCUCGCACUUCCGGCCCCGCACGGCAGCGCCCCGGGACGCAGGCCCGUCCGGCUGGAGGCCACCAGAGCUGAGCUGGGAGCCCCCGGGGUGGGCGGAGGAGGCGUCCCGGGGCUGCAGGGCCGCGGCGAUGGACCAGCCCGGCGCCCGGACCAGGUCGCUGGACCGGGAGGCCGAGCCCCUGGGCCCCGGCCCGGCCUUGGCCACGUCCCAGGAGGCCGAGAUCAUCUCCCGCCAGCUCCACGAGAUCCGGCGGCUGGAGGCGGAGCUGGCCGGGACGCGCGCCACCGCCCUCCAGCAGGAGGCGACAGGGGCCCCCCGCGCCAGCACCGCCGCCCGCCUGCAGGCAGAGGCUGAUGCCCUCGGGACGGAGCCGGGGGCCCUCCGGGUCCAGAGCCAAGUGGAAGCCGACGCCCUGAGGGCGGAGCUGGAGACUCUCCGGGGGCGGAGCCGAGCAGAGGUGGAUGCCCUCAGGGCGGAGCUAGCGGGGGCCACGGAGCGGCAGGAGCAGGAGGCGGCAGCCGCGCAGGGGGAGCUGCGGGCGGCGCUGCAGGAGCAAGAGGCUGAGACCCAGCAAAUGAGGGAGCGCCUGCAGGGGGCGCUGGACCAGCACCGGGUGGAGCUGUGCCAGCUGUCCGCAGCCCACGGGGCAGAGCGGGACGCCCUGACGCAGCAAGUCCGCGAGCUGCGGGAGGAGCUGGAGGCCCGGGGACAGGAGGCCGCCCGUCUGGAGCAGCAGCGAGACGCGCUCCAGGAGCAGCUGGGUGUGGCCAAGGCUGAGCUGGCCUCCCAGAAUGCUUUGCUGCAGCAGCUGCGAGCCGACCUGUGCGAGCAGAACAGCCCCCCUCAGGAGUGCCUGCAGGCGGAGGCAGAACGGGAUGCUCUGAGGACCGUGGUGGAGCUGCUGCAGGUCCGACUGGCUGCGCUGGGCGACAUCCUUGCCCUGCAGGAGGCAGAGCUGACGCGGAAGCCCUGGGACCCCCUGCAGCCUGAGGGGGCCAUGAAGGCCCAGGCCCUGCUGAGCCGCUGGCGGGAAAAAGUUUUCGCCCUCAUGGUGCAGCUCAAGACCCAGGAGCUGGGCCAAGCCGAAGCCACUGGCCUGCUCCGCAGGAAGGUGUUGGAGCUGGAGGGUGAGGUGGCGCGACGGGACCAGCAGGUCGCGCUGCUCUUGCACAGUUUGCAGGAGAAGACAGCUGAGGCCGACAUGGAGAGAGUGAAGAGCAAGACGCUCCAGGCUGACCUGUCCCACAGCAAGGACUCAGGGCAGCGCCAGCAGCUCCGGGCAGAAGCGGCUGAAGGCGCCUUGCGGGGCCUGGUGGAAGCUGUGAGGAGUCUGCAGCAGCAGGUUGGGCAGCAGGAGGGGGAGCUGCGGGCGGCCGUCUCGCGCCUAGCUGGUCUGGGUGCUCGUGUUGGCUUCGCUGCCAGGAGAGUAGACGCCAUCCAAGGGCUCGUCUCCCAGAAAGUGGCCUUGGCUCGACUGCAGCGGGAAGAGCCACUCAGGGCUGCCAGCCCAGAGCCAGAUAUCCCCUUCCAGGAGGCUCUGCAGGUGGAGCUGGCCCAGCUGCACCAGGAGCGGGACCACUUGGCUGCUGAGCUGAAGCGCGGGGCCCAGGCUGUAGAGAGAAAGAUGGCUGAGGCCCGGGAAAAAGCGGGGCGCGAACUCCAGGAGGUGGCCGACAGCCUGCGGCAAGUGCUGGAGCAGAAGGAGGCGGUGGAGCAGGAGUGCCAGGAGCUGCAGGGGUGGCUGGAGACGGCGCGCCAGGAGCUGCACAACAGCCAGGAGGCGGCAAAGGGACUGAAGCAGCAGUUGGCGCAGCUGCAGGGGGAACACAAGCGAGUCUUGCAGGAGAAGGUGGCCCAGGUGGAGACGCAGCUCCGUGGGGACCUUGCUGAGGCUGAGAAGCAGCUCAGUGAGGCGCGACGGGAACACACAAAGACAGUUGUGGCCCUGCGCCAGGCUGAGCGCCAGGCUGCUCGGGACAAGGCCCGGAGCCAGGAGUUGGCGCGGCUCCACGACGAAGCCCAGAAGGAAGAAAUAACUCGGCUGGGCACUCGCCUGCGGGAGCUGGAGAGGGACAGAAACCUGCUGAUGGCCACCCUGCGGCAGGAGGGGCUCCUGGCCCAGUUCCAACGUAGCCGAGUGACGGCACGGAAGCUGCCAGGGGAGCAGCAGGGGCCCGGCCUGGACGCAGCACUGGGGUCCUCCGGCUUGCAGCCACCUUCCCAAGCAUCCCUGGCUGCCCUUCUGGAUGACCUGCAGAGCCUGGGCACGGCCCUGCUGCGGGAGGAGGAGGAGGAGGCAGCCACAGCGGGUGAGGAGCCUGGUACUGAGGACACCUAGCUCCCAGCACGUCCAGGUAGCACCAAGCUGGGAGGAUCGAACUGGCCUUUCCUGUGUCGAUUAAAGAGGGUUUUCUUGAAGCACCAGUGUGUCUGGUGCUCAUUUUCUCAGUGAGACCUGGCAGAGGACCCAGGCCUCCAGCCAUCCUCUCCUUCCCUCGCAGCUCGUCCCAGUGGAUCACAGCUGGGUGGGCGUGGGGGGUCCCACGUGCUCUGGACCUGGUGUCAGAUGAGAUGCUAGUUGGAGGGGGGAUGGAUCCAGCUCCCAGGUGCUGUCUGCCGCCUGUCCUCUGCUCCUGCCCUAUUCCCCUCCCUGAGGGCUCCUGUCUCCCCACUGCUGGCACAGGGGACGACAACUGCCUGGCUCAGCUAGGGCAGACGUGCAGGGAAUUCUGCGUAGCGAGGUCCUGAGGGCAGGGAGCUGCGUGGACAGUCCCACGAGCCCUGAGGAGGUGGCGGAGAGGCAGAAAGGAACCCCACAGGGCAGGGGAGGGGGACUGGCAGCUGAGGAGAGGUAGCAGCUCUGAUGGAAGCUGCAGUGGAGCCUGGGGCUAGCGCUGGAGAUGUGGCGCCCAAGUGUUUUGCAUGUGAGAGAGUCUCCGGCCUGAUUUGUGCAGACAUGGAACCUGAAUCCACCCCUGAGCUGCUGGCCCCUGGGAUCUCCACAUGGGGUGGGCACUGGGCAGGGGAGCCUGUGCCCUUCUGUGCUCCUGAGGACAGCCUGGGUGGCAGCCAGCAGGUUUGGGGUCCCAAGGGCAGCUGAGAGAGAUCUAGGGAAGGAAGGACUGUUGUUUCUGAUGCUGUGGUAUGAUAGGAAGUGUUUCCGUGGGUUCCCAGCCCCACUGAGGGUUGUCUCUGAAGCCAGCAGCCAGCUUUUGUCGUGCAGCAAACCCCAAACUUCAACUGAUCAGCUCCUCAGCCCCCGCUGCAACCUGUGACCUGCUCCGUUUAACACUUUGCCUCAGAACAAUCAUGCCUAAUGCCAUUUAAACCUGAUGUGUACGUGGCUGUGCCAGUUUGUCUGAUAGGAGUCUUAUUCCAGCUUGCUCAGGGCCACCUCCAGGUGGUGGUCUGUUUUCAGUCUGACCUGUCCCCUGCAGCCUGUAACUUGUCCUGAGCUUUGACUCUAAACUGCUUUUGAUGUGGAAACAGGCCUCUAGGCUGCCUGUGUAAGGGACUGUCCUGAAGGGCAACGAACAUGAAUUAGCCCUAGCUGUGUUAUCCAGGUCCUUCAUCGGUACUUAGGGUGGGACGAUGAGUUUGUGCCUCCGCAGAAUCCCAGAAUAAAAGGCUGUAUCCCAGGGAAGCUGGUUGUCUGUUUUCAGCCUUGUAGGUCACGUUUCUGCUGCCCAGUUUCCUACAGUCGCAUUCCCCAUGCGAGCUGGGGGGGAGAGCAUGGCUGCAGCCUUCACUACCACAGAUUGUGCAGUCGAGUUUCCCUGCCCGUGGAAAAAUCACAGGGAGCAGCUCGCCUAGAGCACACGGGGCCAGCCUCACCCUGAAAGAGUCGCCCAGGUGAUUGUGCUGUCUCCCCUGUCAGGUAAGGAUGCCCCUAGCUGGCCCCACCGAUGCUGUGCUGCACCAUGCUUGGGUGAGGGCAAGCGCAUGGACCCAUUCCUGCCUGCCCCCCCUGCAUGGCGCAGCUCCCACUCCCUGCCCUGUGGCCAGUGGGGCACAGGACAUUGUGAUCAUGAGGCAUGAGUCGGUCUGUUUAGUACUAAAAAGAGCUGUAUAACCCUGAGGGUUGGACCCUGUUUCUCCUGCACUGACCCGUAGGUGGUCAUGCGGCUGCCAGGGCACCUCCUCUGGCAUUUGCAUGGGCUCUGGGUUUUGUCUACAUGUGCAGAGCUGUGCUUGCCCGGGCUUCCCUCCUGAGCUGGCCCACAAGCUCCUCUUUGCUCACCAAGGCUGCUGCCCCGGUGGGCAUGUGUAUGUGUGUGUGGUGCCAGGCACUUCCCUGAAGCUUCAACUGCAGGAAAUGCAUGGCUAGUGAUGGUUUGGGGGCAGUGGCGGGUCCUCCCAUCUCUUUUAGCCCAAUAGUCUAGCGGUUAGAGCACUUGCUAAGGAGCCAGAACUACCAGACAAUGGACUGGGCAUUGAAAUUCAGUUGCACUGCUGUUCCUAAAACAGGUCUACAUGUGCCAUGGCUGUGAUGUGGGUGUGCAGGACUGGGACAUGUGGAGAGCUGGUGUGAGUGUAAUGCACCCAGAGGGCAGGUGCAGUGACUGUUCCUGCAGCACAGAGGAGCUGCACCUACGUACCCAGGGACAUAGCACACACAGCAGGAGGUGGUGGGGCUGUGGCACAGCUCCUCUCUGCACCAGCUCUUGGAGCGGGCCAGGCAGAGGUGUCAGCUCCAUCCAGACUGAUAUUGCAGCCUGGUACACUCCCCUGUUGUUCCUGCUAGAGCAGGGCACUUUGAUCAGCGUGACGUGUUGAUGCCUGAAUGCCACAGCGGGGCACUGUGCAGUGUAAAGGAAGUCUAUACAGAUGUUGAUAAUGGGGCAGGUUCUAGGGCUAAAUAUUAUUCCUGAAACAGCAGCAGCCAGGGAGGAGUACGUCCAGGGUUUCACCAGCUGUCUGCUGUAUAUCUCGCUCAGGAAAAUCUAACUUCACCUUCCACACUGCUGAGAGCUUACUACAGAUCAUUUGUUUGGAAGUGGAAGUGUAUGUGGUAUACAGAGUGCUGUCUCGCUGCAGUUGCCAGAUGUGACCUUCUACCCAAGAGGAUUCCAUCUGAGACUUUCAGAAAUAGACUGUGUCCUUCUUUAUUCAUCAAGAGAGAAUACCGCCUCCUCUAAGAAACAGACCAACCUCCAAACUAUUACCUUUGUCCACGUAUUAUUGUUUGAGCCAAUGUCCUCUGAUUUGUUUGUGUUUUAUAAACGUAGCAAAUUUA